AUGUUUUCGUUCGUGUCCGUUGUUCUCCUUGUGGCUAUCAUUGCCCGCACGCAAGCGCUCGAAUGUUACCAAGGAACUGCAUCCGAUCAUCACUCAGUGACAAGUCGGCUGUGCCCACUCUCAGCGAAAUAUUGUCAUUCAAUCACUUCAAACUGGGCCCCAAGCAGAUACGGCGAGUACGGCUGUGGCUUCGGUUUAUGCAAGGAAAAAGGUUGCAGAACAAUUGCUUACAAUACUCGCACGAUAUGCUGCUGUGCUUCUGAUCGCUGCAAUAAAGGCUAAACAAAAGAGAUAUCUACAAUAAGCUGUACCAGUAUUUGGGCUAUUAUUUUCU